AGGAGGCGAGCAGCGUCUGGGGGACUCGAAGCUCUGCUGCUGCCAGACGAACAUCACCACCGCCCAUAAACCGCUAAUAUACAGGAAAUGAGCUGCUAGAGGAGAACCGUCUGCUCCGUGACUCCGACCGGCUCCAUCGCUCCCGCGCGGUGGUCGUGAUUUCCCCAGAACCCGCUCGUUACCGUUCCGGCUGUAGCCGUCGGAUGUGCAGCAUCACCUGGACUCGUUAGCUGCUUUAUCUCCGGUUAGCUGCCGCUUUGAACGAACACUCUGAGCGCUCGACUCGCCGUCCGCCCGAACAUGGCAACCCAGAUCGAUAAGGAGGCUUGCAGGGAGGCGUACAACCAGGUCCGGGACGACAACACGGACACCAACUGGGCUGUGUUCAAGUACGAGGGCUCCACCAUCGUGGCCGCAGGACAAGGGACCGACUACGAGGACUUCAAGAGCAUGUGCACAGAUGAUGCUCGUCUGUUCGGCUUCGUCCGGAUCACGACGGGAGACGCGAUGAGCAAACGGGCCAAGUUCACGCUGAUCACCUGGAUCGGCGAGAACAUCAGCGGGCUGCAGCGCGCCAAGAUCAGCACCGACAAGACGCUGGUCAAAGACAUCGUGCAGAACUUUGCCAAGGAGUUCAUGAUCAGCGACGCCCGGGAGCUGGACGAGGACUACAUCCGCACGGAGCUGAAGAAGGCGGGCGGAGCCAACUACGACGCCCAGGCCGAGUAGGGGCGCCGCUCGGCCGGACGGGUCGGGGGGUUCGGGUGGUCGGGUUGAGGUCCAAACGGGGCGGGGCUGCUGCCUCCGGGGGGACGGAGGGCGAGGCGGGACGGAGAGGCCGCCAUCCUGCACUUCCUGUGGAGCUGGUUGUUGAGAGGACGUUUACAGAUCAGCAGUUGGCUAAACACUGGUUACCAUGGUGACCACUGGUCAGAGGAGUAGUUAGGUAUGAGGGGAGUGUGCAGCUUAGCUUAGCUUAGCUUAGCAUAAAGAGUAGAAACAGCUAGCGUGAUCCACACAUGAGUGUAAACAGCAGACAGACGAGUCUCUAAACGAGCUGUGGACCUGCAUCAGAGCUAAAGGAGCAUGUUUCUAAGUUAAUUAAAAAAAUGACACAUUGGUGAUCAGAAAAAGGUUAAAACCGAGUUGUAGUUGUAUUUUAGCUUAGCUUUUACCAGUUAGAACAGCUGUUUCCACCUAGUUUUAGCCUUUAUGCUAAGCUAAGCUAAUCAGCUGUACAGGAUCAGCACUGAGCAGGUUUAACGAGCUAGCCGUCCCUUAUUGCUAACUUCCACGUUAAACAUGAUGCACGUUGGUCCAGAAGUCCGUCUACUGUGCAUCGUGUACCAGAUUACUCUGUGUGUGGUCUUUGUUCGGUCCAGUCAGGUUCUGACCGGGCUGAAGGAUCCUUUUGUUUCCCCACUGACUGGGAUGCUAAAGAUGGCCGCCUCUCCCUCCCGGCCCGCCGCCUCCUCUGCCAGCUCACGGUCGGUUCUACUGUGGUCGGUUCUACUGUGGUCGGUUCUACUGUGCAUCGUCAUCUCACACUCAUCCUCAUCUCAGCACGAAGCUGCAGUCGAGGCUUCGGCGAACGUCGAGGACGUGAAUGAAAACAGCUGAAGGGCUUCACUUCACAAAGUAAAUAAGGAGCAGCGGGACUGGGUCGGUCGGCACCUUCGCUGGCAGCAGAACCCUCGUAGUCAUCAUACACUGUACCUCCAGGGGAAGACCUCCAUUUUCUGUGGGCCUCCGUGGUGAUGCUGGCGGCCGCCUUCACUCUGUGUCGUGUUGCCUGCAGCCUCCAGAGCUGAAGCAGCAACGAAUGACUUGUUCAGAUGUUAAAACCAUGAAACAGCUGAUGUGCUGGUCCUCCAGCAGGCUGCUGAGAAUGGAGGUCUUUUCUUCUGGUGCUUCAUCUCACGACCGACCGCUCUAAGGUGUCCUGUACCUGCUGUCUGACUGCCUGAGUCUCCCGUGGAGAGGGGCAUCAUGGGAGGUGUGGACACUACACUGUGAUUGGCUGUCCUCCUCCACCGCUGGAUGAGGGCUCGUCCCUCCAUCCGGCCCAGGAGGAGCCACCUCUCGGUCGUAGCAUCUCUUUUUUCAUUUGGUUUCAGCCCUCCCUCCCUUCCUUCCUUCCCUCCUCCUCCCCCUGCAAAAAAAAAUUAGGAUUUAUUUUUUUUUCUUGUACGUCUUGUUUUGAGAUGAAUUUUAUUUUCCCUCCAGAGUUCUACCUGAUGAUUUGAUUUUUUAAGAGCAUUGUUAUCUUGGACAUUUUGGUGGAAGAGAUUUUCAAAAAAAAAAAAAAAAGAAAUCAUGCAAAAAAGAAA